UUGUUCACUCCGUGCCUCCCAGGCUGUCUGGCGUACAACAAGACGCUCUACGUUUCCAUCGAGGCCGAAUCAAGACUGAUGCGGGAUCUGCUCACUGAUUACGACAGACGGGUCAGGCCGGUGCAGAGACCUUCAGACACUGUCCACGUCUCCUUCGGCCUGGGCCUCAAAGCCUUGUUGUUUGUGGUAAGUGAUGUUCUUACAUUUUUCAGUAGCAGUGCUGAGUACUUUAAUUCAUGCUGCCAGGGAGCCCUCCAAAAAUUACGCCCCCCCCUCCCUCCCCCGACACACACAUCAUUUAUGUAAUUUUAUGUAAAUCCCGAAUGUGUCGCUGCUUCGCAUAACCUAGGUAAGCAACUGGUAAGCAGUGGUCCUCACAUCGUUAUCUGUGGUAAAGUGGUCUUGAUCUAUAUUAUCUAAAGCUUACAAAGAACAGCUCUGACUUAGCCCUACACCAGUGCCUUAAUUGGACGUUAUGUCAUACACCAGUGCCUUAGUUGGACGUUAUGUCAUACACCAGUGCCCUAGUUGGGCGUUAUGCCAGACACCAAGGCCCUAAAAGGACGUUAUGCCAGACACCAGGUCCCUGGUUGGGCGUUAUGUCAUACACCAGUGACCUAGUUGGACUUUAAGCCCUACACCAGUGCCUUAGUUGGACGUUAUGCCCUACACCAGUGCCUUAGUUGGACGUUAUGCCCUAUAACCAGUGUCCUAAAUGGACGUUAUGCCCUACAUCAGUGCCCUACUUGGACAUUAUGCCAGACACCAGUGCCCUAGUUGGAUGUUAUACCAUACACAGUUACCGUAGUUUGAAUGUAUGCCAUAAACCAGUGCUCUAGCUUGACCAAAGUUUUAAACGUAUUGUGUUAAAUUUCAAUGUGGUCAUCACCAAAAUAUCUAUCCUUUUAUCAGACUCUCCUUCUCUGGAGACAUAUUUUUAAACACGUUCAUUUCAAUCGAUUACCAACAAUUUCUUAUUCGAUUAUUCGGCAGGAUGAAAAGCGCGAGUACAUGGAGACGGUAUCGUACAUGCUGACAGCGUGGCACGAUGGCCGACUCAUGUGGAACAUGUCCCAGUACGCCGGUAUCGAUACGAUCAAGAUCCCUGCGGUCGAUCUCUGGACUCCAGACAUUGUGCCGUACACCAGGUUAGUGUUUCAGGACACAGGCGGAAGUGGAUUAGUUGUCACAAUGAUUGUGCCAUCCGACUGUAUAUAAAUAUAUAUAUAUAUAUAUAUAUAUAUAUAUAUAUAUAUAUAUAUAUAAAUCUUAUAUAGAACCAUACUUUUGUCCAUGCCCUUUAUGCCCCCUUCUAAUUUUAAAAAAAAAAUAUUUUGAAUAAUUUCUUCUUUUUAGGUUCAUGAUAUUGAAGCAUUUCUAUUUCCCUACUUUCUGACACCAUCGCUGUAUUGUCUUUAUGAAAACAUUAUUUAAUGCUGCAAUAUAAUCUUAGGGUUAACCCCCAUCAACCGUUUUUUAAAGCUUCAUAUUAACUUCGCCUUCGUUCGUGUGUUUCCGGGCGGGUAGAGAAAUCUUCGGACGGCUACUUGACCCACUUCCCGCCAACCCGCUGAAACUUGGCACAUAGACUCCUGGCCGAUGACAACAAAACCUUUCAAAUUUUCAGCCCACGACCCUAAAAAUCAGUUGUUCCUGUUUUUUUUUCAAGGGAAAGAGGCAGGAAAUGUGAUGCCACUUAUUCCUGAUAACUGCACUAAAUGAUAUUGUUAAUAAAGUUCAGGGGCGUGGAAAAAAUGUGUGGUUGCGAGGCUUGGAGGGGGGGUGGGGGGUGUUGAAUAAUUGGGAUUCCUAUAAAGUUCGUUACUUGUUUGCAUUUUUUGUCAAAUUUUCACCAAAAUUUUAUAAUGGAUUUUUACGAAUAUAAAUCCUUUAUAUUAACUUCUUUUUUGUUCGUGUGUUUCUGGCUACGUUUGUGGGGGGGGGGGUGCUGUGGUCCGUUAAUUUUUUUUUUCAUGCAUUAUGCAAUUCCAUUCCAUUAACCAUCCAAUAUUUCACCAGCCAAAUUUCCUAUGACAUUUCCCUGCUUAUUCUGUUACUCCCCCCACCCCCACCCCCCACCCCCACCCCCCAAAUGUACAGCUCGCCAAAUCUUAUAAACACCAGCCAGCCGAAUUUCCCCAACCCAUUGUACGUUCAAAUUACGGUGACCGGACCAUGGUCCUUUAUUUUCACCUUCACUACCCACGCUGGCCCUGAGACUUACAAAGUUUGACAGCACAUAAGCAGGAAAUCUGGCAAUGCCCCAUGGUUAAUAAUAGCGUUAUUUACAUACGAUGCUCACAGGAGAUGGCCCGAGGCCUGGCAGAAGACGAAGUGCAAAAGUGUGGGGGGGGGGGGCAGAGGGUUCGAGUCUCCACCCACCGACAACCUGCCCUUUACGUUAGACGUUGUUCUUGAGAUGUUUGUGAUUUUGAACAUUUCGUAUUUUUGCACAAAGAUUUUGCCUGGCAGAAGACGAAGUGCAAAAGUGUGGGGGGGGGGGGCAGAGGGUUCGAGUCUCCACCCACCGACAACCUGCCCUUUACGUUAGACGUUGUUCUUGAGAUGUUUGUGAUUUUGAACAUCUCGUAUAUUUGCACAAAGAUUUGUAGCGGCGAGUGAGCUAAGUUUAUAUAAACGGGGCCAGGGCGGUGAACGCAUUAGUUACGCCGCGGGGGGAAACGAGGGGGGGGGAGAACCGCAUCCACCUGAGUUGAUAACAGCCAGCUCCUGGCGCAGAGGGUACGUUACGACCAGCUCCUGGCGCAGAGGGUACGUUAUGACGCUAUCGCAACGCCCAAAUUCACUUACAGCUAAUCAGUCAGAGUGCAAGAAUUCAGUAAGUUAAGACAAUCACAGAAUUCACGCAAUGUGGGGGUGGGACGCAUGGCUGUGUCCUGGGUAGAUUCGUAUGCAUUAAAUAGAAGCAUGGCUGUGUCCUGGGAAGAUUCGUAUGCAUUAAAUAGACGCAUGACUGCGUCCUGGGUAGAUUCGUAUGCAUUAAAUAGAAGCAUGGCUGUGUCCUGGGUAGAUUCGUAUGCGGUACCUGGGUGUCUACCUAGAUGGAAGACUAACUUUUGAAAGUCAUAUUAACAUGCUAUGCAAGGCGAUUUUUCUAGAGCUGCGCAGGAUUAGUCACAUCAGGCCCUUCCUAACAAUUGAUGCAACAAAGAGGCUGAUGUCUGCAUUUGUGCUAUCACGCAUGGACUAUUGCAAUGCUCUUAUGGUGGGUCUUCCAGCUACGCUCCUGGAUAAAAUUCAAAUAGCACAGAAUAAUGCGGCUCGCAUUGUUCUCCGCAAACGCAAGUUUGACCAUGCAAAAACACUUCUGAGAGAGCUGCACUGGCUGCCAGUGCGUGCUCGCAUGGAGUACAAAAUCGCAACUUUGUGCUACCGCUGCUUACAUGACCUGGCGCCGUCCUAUCUGAAAGAGCUGCUGACGCCUUAUGUACCCACUAGAGAGCUCCGCUCAUCCGAUAGUGGCAAACUCUCGACACCACGUGUUUGCCUUGAGACUUACGGAAAGCGCACUUUCGCAUUUGCUGGUCCACUAAUUUGGAAUGCCCUUCCUGUCGAUCUCAGAAACAACCAGACACUGGAGUCCUUUAAAACCGAUUUAAAGACACAUCUAUUUCGCAAACACCUUCUGGGAUGAUUGUCAACAUUAUUUUCCAGUUAAUGCAUAAUGGCUGUGUUGCUUAUGGUUGAAAUGGCUAGAAAGACUUUGCCAUUGUAUGCUUGUACUUAGUUUUUGUCGUGUUGCGUUUGUUUUAAAUGUGGUAAACUAUAGAUUUGUUUUUUGUUGACUUUAUACCGCGCUUCGAGCCUUUGUGGAUGAAGCGUGUUUUUGAAAUGAACUUUAUUAUUAUUAUUAUUAAAUAGAUGCAUGGCUGCGUCCUGGGUAGAUUCGUAUGCAUUAAAUAGACGCAUGACUGCGUCCUGGGUAGAUUCGUAUGCAUUAAAUAGAAGCAUGGCUGUGUCCUGGGUAGAUUCGUAUGCAUUAAAUAGACGCAUGGCUGCGUCCUGGGUAGAUUCGUAUGCAUUAAAUAGACGCAUGACUGUGUCCUGGAAUUGCCGUUGUAGGUCAACUUGAGCAAGCUUGGGGGGGGGGGGUGGGGGGGGGGGGGGGGGGGGGGGGCAUUGGAUGCAAUCGUCCAUCUUGAAGGCUAAAAAUCGCAUAUUUGAAAAGCCAUACACAUAAAACAUGUUUAUAUUCGUAAUAGGAUCCAAAGAUUUGAACCAUUCCCCCAUACCACCCAUAGCGUUAACCUAACUAGAAUUGGAUUUAUGCCGCUGAGGGGGAUUCGAACCCAUAUGGGAUUCGAGCCCCGGUUGUAUUCGAACCUUUUGAGAUUCCUGUUUGACUCCCCAGCACUAAGAUUCUAUUCCUGAUAUACUCUGCCCCUACAAGCUUCGAUUCCUAAUGGUUUCGGUCUCAGUGGAUUAAGUCACUAACGCCACGGUUACUGCUUUAUGAACAGAUCCUAUACAGUCGUAAUGUCUUCAAGGGAUAAGUCUGGGAUAAAGCCAUGGGGCAUUACAUCACAGUAAGAGAUAAGUCUGGGUUAAAGCCAUGGGACAUUACAUCACAACCAGAGAUAAUCUUGGGAUAAGCCAUAGAGUCUUACGUCACAGUUCUCUUUCUUUCUUUUUUUCCCCCUUAUCCCUUCAACGAUUAAAACGGCGUAGAUAUUCUAGCCUUGCAACGUCUCUAGAGAACUCGAGAACCUCUCUGUAACGCUUUUAUCAAACAUCGCUAAAGGUGGACCACCCAUUGGCGCUAUAUAUAUGUCACAUGAGAUCAGCUUCGAUCAGGAGAGAUUUGCGGGCAUCUCCUGGGGCUAUGGCAUGCAGGACCAUUGGGUGCGGGACGGGGGGGGGGGCAUUUUUUGAAUUUUUAACUUCACAACUUUUUAUUGUCGUCUGCAAAUGUUUAAAAUAAAGAACAUGAGAUUUGUUUAGAAACGUUCAGCUCGUCAGCGUGCUUCAUCUUAGUCGCUCUGAGAUGAUUUCUGGACAAUGCGGCUUGCAAUAUCAGUUCAAAUGUUCUUUAAGGGGGGCUUGGUGUGGGACGCAAAAAUAUAUCUGGCUGCAUGAAUCUUCACAGGGACCAAUCUCUCUCUUUCCUUCUCUUUCUCUUUCUCUUUCUCUUGCUCUUUCUCUCUCUCUCUCUUUCUCUCUUUCUCUCUAUCUAUCUAUCUAUCUAUCUAUCUAUCUAUCUAUCUAUCUAUCUAUCUAUCUAUCUAUCUAUCUAUCUAUCUAUCUAUCUAUCUAUCUAUCUAUCUAUCUAUCUAUCUAUCUAUCUAUCUAUCUNAUUGUCUUACACUUAUUGUCUUGUGCUAUAUCCCUCCAUUGUCUUACACUUAUUGUCUUGUGCUAUAUCCCUCCAUUGUCUUACACUUAUUGUCUUGUGCUAUAUCCCUCCAUUGUCUUACACUUAUUGUCUUGUGCUAUAUCCCUCCAUUGUCUUACACUUAUUGUCUUGUGCUAUAUCCCUCCAUUGUCUUACACUUAUUGUCUUGUGCUAUAUCCCUCCAUUGUCUUACACUUAUUGUCUUGUGCUAUAUCCCUCCAUUGUCUUACACUUAUUGUCUUGUGCUAUAUCCCUCCAUUGUCUUACACUUAUUGUCUUGUGCUAUAUCCCUCCAUUGUCUUACACUUAUUGUCUUGUGCUAUAUCCCUCCAUUGUCUUACACUUAUUGUCUUGUGCUAUAUCCCUCCAUUGUCUUACACUUAUUGUCUUGUGCUAUAUCCCUCCAUUGUCUUACACUUAUUGUCUUGUGCUAUAUCCCUCCAUUGUCUUACACUUAUUGUCUUGUGCUAUAUCCCUCCAUUGUCUUACACUUAUUGUCUUGUGCUAUAUCCCUCCAUUGUCUUACACUUAUUGUCUUGUGCUAUAUCCCUCCAUUGUCUUACACUUAUUGUCUUGUGCUAUAUCCCUCCAUUGUCUUACACUUAUUGUCUUGUGCUAUAUCCCUCCAUUGUCUUACACUUAUUGUCUUGUGCUAUAUCCCUCCAUUGUCUUACACUUAUUGUCUUGUGCUAUAUCCCUCCAUUGUCUUACACUUAUUGUCUUGUGCUAUAUCCCUCCAUUGUCUUACACUUAUUGUCUUGUGCUAUAUCCCUCCAUUGUCUUACACUUAUUGUCUUGUGCUAUAUCCCUCCAUUGUCUUACACUUAUUGUCUUGUGCUAUAUCCCUCCAUUGUCUUACACUUAUUGUCUUGUGCUAUAUCCCUCCAUUGUCUUACACUUAUUGUCUUGUGCUAUAUCCCUCCAUUGUCUUACACUUAUUGUCUUGUGCUAUAUCCCUCCAUUGUUUUACACUUAUUGUCUUGUGCUAUAUCCCUCCAUUGUCUUACACUUAUUGUCUUGUGCUAUAUCCCUCCAUUGUCUUACACUUAUUGUCUUGUGCUAUAUCCCUCCAUUGUCUUACACUUAUUGUCUUGUGCUAUGAUCGUUAACUUUGUUUCCCACCGCGACCAUUGAGGCUCUCUAUAAUCGUUAACCUUGUUACCCACCGCGACCAUUGAGGCUCUCUAUAAUCGUUAACCUUGUUACCCACCGCGACCAUUGAGGCUCUCUAUAAUCGUUAACCUUGUUACCCACCGCGACCAUUGAGGCUCUCUAUAAUCGUUAACUGUGUUUCCCACCGCGACCAUUGAGGCUCUCUUCUGUUUUCCUUGAUCUUUGUCUUUGUUCGUAUUUCAUUUUUUUUUAAACACAUCUCCAUUGUCUCGCCACCCAGUCUCUCGGUGAUAAUUCAAUACUAAUUAUUUAAAAGCCUGUUUCGCAUGGAGACUUGGCACCCACUCAUCCGUGACUGACUUCGGUGCUUAAACACACGUAUCCCGUGGGCGAACUCGUGUAGAGCAGACAUUCAAAAGAACUCGGGGAUGUAUUUUACGACCUUGAACUCAUAAAACACUCGACACCGAACGAGUAUGACGUCAUGGUUGGGUUUUUAGAUUUAAAAAAAAUUGUAAUGAUGUAACUUUAUUACGUUUUGUAAAUGUUGUCUGUAAUGAAAUAAAAUGAAUGCAAUGUUUGCAUGUGUUUGGCUCAAUUCAAACGCAUUCAGAUUCAAAAUAGAACAACUUUAGUUUUUAGGAAGUGGAUGAAAAGUAUGAAUUAAAUGAGCUCAAAUGUUUGCGUUCGUUGCUUGAAUGAUUGGUAAACUCGGAUUUUGCGUUGUAUCUGUGAGACGAAGUGUGUGACAUGGACAUUUUGUCGGUUAAGUGUGUGACAUGGACAUUUUGUCGGUUAAGUGUGUGACAUGGAAAUUUUGUCGGUUAAGUGUGUGACAUGGACAUUUUGUCGGUUAAGUGUGUGACAUGGACAUUUUGUCGGUUAAGUGUGUGACAUGGACAUUUUGUCGGUUAAGUGUGUGACAUGGACAUUUUGUCGGUUAAGUGUGCGACAUGGACAUUUUGUCGGUUUCUAUGUUUGUUGGGGUUUUUUUAUUAUUUUUUUUUUUUUUGCCUUUUUUACAAACUAAAACUAUAGUUUUAUAAUUGAUAAUACAUUUAGUUUUAAUAUAUCCUAAAAAAAAAAUAACAUUCGGUUUCUAUGUUUGUUGGGGUUUUUUUAUUAUUUUUUUUUUUUGCCUUUUUUACAAACUAAAACUAUAGUUUUAUAAGUGAUAAUGCAUUUAGUUUUAAUAUGUGCUAAAAAAAAAAUAACGUUGUUCGUGGACCUGUUAAUACCGGUCCUCAACCUACCCACGGACCAGCAGCUGAAUUUAUACUCGAGAUGUGAGUUAAAGCUUUCAGCUGUAAUACGAAAAAAAUAAUAAAUAACGCCAAAAAAAAAUCUUCCACACUACAUCCUCUCAUUCCACGGUAUUCAAUCAAUCCACAGUAUCCACUCAAUCCAUAUAUCCACUCAAUCCACAGUAACCCCUCGUUCCACGGUAAAUUCCACAGUAUUCUAUCAAACCUCGGUAUUUAUUCAUUUCGUCGUAUCCUACCUUUCCAAUCCAUUUCCAUGUUUCAUAAUGGAAAGAAAUGGUUUGUCUCGAAUCUUUCAAAUAACUUUAUUUUUUUAUUUUUAGUGGAGACGCUGACGUCAUUCAGCCGAAGCCAUUAAAAAAAAAACAUCUCCAAUUUAAAAUUCUGUCAAGAUUCCCGGGUGCGGAACAAUUAUAUAAUGUUAUUUUCAUCGAUCAAUAGGCUUAAGGAUUUUUUUUUAAUUGAAUAUAAUAAUAAUAAUAUAGGAACGCUAAAGGCUCGUUUUGAAAAUUACCUGCCUCUCAAGUACGCACUAAACAAUGGAAGACAUCACUGCGCAAUUAGGCUUCUACUUGGUGGAGUGGAUAAAAGUUGAAUCUCCCCAUCUAAGCGGGCUCCCCUUCGUUUAGAUCUAUUCAUGAUUUGACGCCAUUCAUGGUUGAUGAAAAUGUUCCAUGAGUUAUAUGUUUUUGAGGGAGGGGAAUGGAGUGUUGGUUUGAGUAGCGCAUGUGUCAAAUGAAAAAAAAAUGUGAGACAACGAAAGAAAUGGUGUGCAUAUUUGGAGUAAAGGCUUGAUAGCGUUGACUUAAAGGGACAUAUUUGUAAAUAUUUUGCCAAGGCACCAAUAUUUGAACAAAAUGACCACAUUUGACCAAGGUGCCAAUAUUUGACCAAAGUGCCAAAAUGUGACCAAGGUCAUUUGACCAAGGUGUCAAAAUUUGACCAAGGUACCAACAUUUGACCAAGAUGCCAAUAUUUGACCAAAGUGCCAACAUUUGACCAAGGUCAUUUGACCAAGAUAUCAACAUUGAACCAAUGUACACAUUUGAUCAAGGUGUCAACAUGUGAACAAGAUACCAAAAUUUGACCAAGGUGAAAAACAUUUGACCAAGAUGCCAAUAUUUAACCAAGGAGCUAACAUUUGACCACUGUGACAACAUUUGACCAAGGUUUCAAACUUUGACCAAUGUGCCAACAUUUGACCUAGGUAUCAAAAUUUGAUGAUGCAAAUAUUUGACCAAAGGGUCCACAUUGAACCAAUGCGCCACAAUGUGCCGCCAUAAAUAUAAGAAGGAGUGCCUCCCGGGACGGACCGCCCAUUCCAUCCCUCCCCCAUCCCCCAUAUCCCUUAAAUCACUGGUUGCCCGUGAGGAAAAUUAUUGGGUUGCUAUCACUUCUUGGAUUGAACGUAAGGUGACGCUAAGUGUAGCUUUCGAGUGUCGACUUAAUUAUUCAAGAGGUCGUGCUUGAACGCUCGGCUCUCAAUACAUUGGAUGCCCUGUAUGCUGGUUGAGAGAUUCGAUGAAAAUAAAAAUUUGAGUUGUGAAUCGCGUAUUAUAAGGGGAAAUGUCCUUUAUCAAUCAAGCUGCCAGUUAGGACAAGUGGACGACACACACACACACACACACACACAAACACACACACACACACAUAAAAAAUGCCAGGUCAUUAGCAUUAAUGUCGACAACAUUUUAAGAUUGAUUUUAUUGUGUUUCCCAUUAUUAUGGGAGAGGGGUUUUUUUUAUUAUUUUGGGGGAAAUUUUCCAUGAUUGGAAUGUUCGAGCAUUUUUAAAUCUUUAAAAAAAAUUAAUUAAAAUAACUUGUAUUGGAUGUUUACGUGCAAAACAAUGCACGUGCUGUGACCAUGGUCUCCCAGCUGAUAGCAGACGACCCUUCUCUUGGCGAUGAGUUUGAUUAUUUAAUUUUUCAAUGAUUGCUAUCCCUCAAAACUUAAAGAAACGACAAAUAUAUAUUUCAUUAUUCUGUAGAUAAUAUUUUCAAGAAAGGAUCAGAUGUAACUGUCAUCAUUUAUGACGAGUACUUCUCAGUCCCUCUUCUUUCAACAGCCCCCCCCCCCAACCAGUACCUCAGAGUGAUCCUCUCAAUCAGGAACUUUAUCAUGUAAUACUUGUUAGUAACAUUCACACAAUUUGAAAUUUUGCAUUAAAUACUCCACACANUUAUAAUUUUAUUAUUUUUUUUUUUUUUUUUUUUUUUUUCUUUCCAAACAUACAUUAUCACAUUAACGCGUUUAAUGUCGUUAAGAGAUUAAAUCUAACAUUAAUGUAUUUUGCUAUUGAAUUAUUAUUUUUAUAUUGAAGCUUGUGUGGGCUUGUGUGGGCUUGUGUGGGCUUGUGAAUUCAAACAGAAAUAUUAGAACAGGCGAUUUGGUCAUUUCUUUUCUUUUCUUUUUUUCUUUCUUUUUUAUUGAAGAUAUUUGCGUGCAGCAAUAGAUCUUGGACUUUUUUUUUUUUUUAAACUAGAUCAACUCGUCUGUGGCAUUUCUCUGAUGUAAUGAUCCGUAAAAGGUAAUUUCAAUAAUUGUGAUACCGCACGCUUAACCUAUGUGGUGUGGUGGAGGAAAGCUUACCCUAUAAGGUGUGGUUGUGUGUCGCUUACCCUACGCGGUUUGGUUGUGGGACGUUUACCCUAUGUGGUGUAGUUGUGGGGACACUAACCCUAAGUGGUGUGGUUGGGAGACAUUUACCCUAUGUGGUAUAGUUGUGGGGACACUAACUCUUUGUGAUGAGGUUGGGAGACGUUUACCCCAUGUGGUGUGGUUGGGAGACGUUUACCACAUGUGGUGUGGUUGGGAGACACCCUUUGUGGUGUGGUUGGGAGACACUUACCUUUUGUGGUGUGGUUGGGAGACGUUUACCCUUUGUGGUGUGGUUGGGAGACGCUUACCCUUUGUGGUGUGAUUGGGAGACGUUUACCCUUUGUGGUGUGAUUGGGAGACGUUUACCCUUUGUGGUGUGGUUGGGAGACGUUUACUCUUUGUGGUGUGAUUGGGAGACGGUUACCCUUUGUGGUGUGAUUGGGAGACGUUUACCCUUUGUGGUGUGAUUGGGAGACGUUUACCCUUUGUGGUGUGAUUGGGAGACGUUACCCUUUGUGGUGUGGUUGGGAGACGUUUACCCUUUGUGGUGUGGUUGGGAGACGUUUACCCUUUGUGGUGUGGUUGUGUGUCGCUUACCCUACGCGGUGUGAUUGGGAAACGUUUACCCUUUGUGAUGUGGUUGGGAGUCAGAUGGGUGUGGGGUGGUUGGGUAAAUCAAAUUUAUCAACUAAUGAAGUUUGACAUUUUGAUGGGUGAAAGUGAAGUGUGGCAGGUGGGUGGGUAAAAGUGAAGUGUGGCAGGUUCGUGGGUACAAGUGAAGUGUGGCAGAUUGGUGGGUACAAUUGAAGUGUGGCAGAUUGGUGGGUACAAGUGAAGUGUGGCAGGUUGGUGGGUUCAAGUGAAGUGUGUCAGGUUGGUGGGUCAUGUGAAGUGUGGAAGAUUGGUGGGUACGAGUGAAGUGUGGCAGAUUGGUGGGUACAAGUGAAGUGUGGCAGAUUGGUGAGUACAAGUGAAGUGUGAUACGUUGGUGGGUCAUGUGAAGUGUGGCAGAUUGGUGGGUACAAGUGAAGUGUGGCAGAUUGGUGGGUACAAGUGAAAUGUGGAAGGUUGGUGGGUACAAAUGAAGUGUGGCAGGUUGGUGGGUCAUUUGAAGUGUGGCAGAAUGGUGGGUAAAAGUGAAGUUGGGCAGAUUGGUGGGUAACUAUGUAUUGUGACACAAUAAAUCGUACAAGUGAAGUUAGGCUGAUUGACAUGUUCAAAAUUUACGAGUGACAGAUUUGCACAUCAUGUCUUUCCUUGAUUCUAGCUUCGUGCUUGUUUUCUCUGAACCCCUUUCCUGAUCUAUGGCGCUUCACCCCCCACCCCACCCCACACACACACUUUUUUCCUUUAUCUUGUUCUUCAUUCUUCUGUCAAUCUCAUUCUUGCUUCCAGCGUCCGUCCAUCUUUUAACGUGUUGUCUACGUCAUUCAAUGCUCCCCCCCCACCCCGGUAUGUCCGUCUGUACCAAUAUUGCUUCAGUCGUACUCGGGUCAAUCAACAGUAGGGGCCGACUGUUGCCUCUGUAAAUAUGAUCAACCAGUCUAUGGCGGUACGAAAUCAAUGUUCAGCUGUAAGCCGGACUCGUCAGCGAAGGGCUUGUCAACCAUGCCGGCUGAUGGGAACUCUUGUCCGAAAGACGGGAUCUAUAGUAGUGGUCGGAUUGGCUGAUGUCAUGUCAGAGUUAAGGACACUUACUUUUUGGAGGAGUUACGGACACUUACUUUUUGGGGGAGUUACGGACACUAACUUUUUGGAGGAGUUACGGACACUUACUUUUUGGAGGAGUUACGGACACUUACUUUUUGGGGGAGUUACGGACACUUACUUUUUGGAGGAGUUACGGACACUUACUUUUUGGAGGAGUUUCGGACACUUACUUUUUGGAGGAGUUACGGACACUUACUUUUGGGGGAGUUACGGAGCAUGCCAUUGAAGACUUGACUGGGCUUUUUUUUUUGGCGUUUACGGAAAUGGCCAUGACAUUGUUAAAUGAACAUUUCCUCUGGUGAUUUUCUUUAUCGAAGUUAAAAUUUGAGGAAUUUCGAUCUUCCUUUAGAAGCAAUUCUUGACCUCUUCAUACUAAGAGUUUGGCUUCUUCGCAUAUGGCUUCUUCGCAAAUAAAUUAGACAAAGCCACGCUCUUGUGUAGAAAAUACAUUAAUUUUGUUUUCCUCAAUAGUGCGUUCAAAAAUAAAUUUGACGAAAAUUUUAUCGUGUGACCUGAGCAUUAGACGGCUGUACAAUACAUGGUUGCUCAGUUACCGCGGUACAUGUAUAACCAAACAAAUACACUGAAGCCUAUCUUAUAUAUCUCAUACUCUAAAUAUAUCAUUUCUACACUCCCGGUUUAUGUAUUUGGUGUUAUAUAGCGGUUUUCUAUUUUUUUUUAAAAUGUGGUCGAAAAAUUAGGAAAAUAACGUGAUAUAUCAUUUCUUAAUAGACAAACAAUAAACAUGAUAGUGUUCCUUUAGAUACAUAAAUCAUAAACAUUAUAUUUUCUCUCUCAGUACACAAGUCAUAUACAUGAUAUUUUCUCUCCUAGUGCACAAGUCAUAUACAUGAUAUUUUCUCUCUCAGUGCAUAAGUCAUAUGCAUGAUAUUUUCUCUCCCAGUACAUAAGUCAUAAACACGAUUUUUUUCUCUCUCAGUAAACAAGUCAUAUACAUGAUAUUUUCUCUCCCAGUGCACAAGUCAUAUACAUGAUAUUUUCUCCCUCAGUACACAAGUCAUAUACAUGAUAUUUUCUCUCCCAGUGCACAAGUCAUAUGCAUGAUAUUUUCUCUCUCAGUAAACAAGUCAUAUACAUGAUAUUUUCUCUCUCAGUAAACAAGUCAUAUACAUGAUAUUUUCUCUCGCAGUACACAAGUCAUACUCAUGAUAUUUUCUCUCCCAGUACACAAGUUUAUUAGCUCUCUCAGCAAAGAUGUAGAUGUCCAUAAUUUCUUUCUUAGUAUAGAUUCAGGUAGCUAUAUUUAUAGUCUCGGUAUAGAUGAAGAUAUGCAUAAUUGCUCUCUCAGUAAAGAUGUAGAUAUCAACUUGUUCUUUCUAAGUACAGAUUUCGAUAUCCUUAAUUGCUCUCUCAGUAUAGAUGAAGAUAUCCACCUGAUGGAGACAAUGGCUGUCAUCUACGCCUCUGGUCACGUGAGUUGGAUACCAACCUUACACCUCAGAAGUCCGUGCAGUGUUAACCUAAAGUACUUUCCCUUCGAUGAGCAGGUUGGCACUUUGUCUUGAGUCUUAGUGUGGCGGGAAAUUUUACAUUUCAGAGGUGUUCCUCUGUCUUAAGAGUAGAAUCAUUGGCGUAGCUAGGGUUAAUGCCCCCGAGGUGCAACAAACUUUUUUGCUCCCUCCCCUCCUCUUUCCAAGAAAAAAACCUCUGCCACCCUCAGUAAAAAGAGAAAAAAAGGGCCUCCCGGGGCUGACCGCCACCUCCACAAACCCAUCCUACGCCCCUGAUUAGAGUCAGGCAUUUUCGUAAAUGUUUCGUUUCACAAUCAGUCCUGUUGCUUUUUUUUUUAACCGCUUGCCCUCCAUUCAUGUAUUUUCCAGAAGUGUUCCAUCAAAUUCGCGAGUUACGGUUACCACGGCGACCACCUGAACAUCACGUACUUUGGUAGCACUCCAGAGCACGCCUUUGAUGUCAGUGACUACAGCAGCAACACAAACUGGGUCUUAAAGGAUCACAAGUAAAACCGACGUUUUUUUUUUUUUUUUAACUGUUCAUUUAAUAGCAUUAAGCACAAGGGAACUAAGUAUGAUAUUGUUUUUCUGUUGUUUUUUAAAAUCUUUUAGAGCAGCGGUUCUCGGGGGUCGAGCGACCAUUUGACAAGGGUCGUAUAGGACCAUCGGAAAACACAUGUACCCUACAGUUAUGAAUUAGCAAGGAAAAUAGAUUUAUGGUUGGGGGUAACCACAACAUGAGGAACUUUAUUAAAUGGUCACGGCCUUAGGAAGGUUGAGAACCACUGCUUUAGUGGAAGUCUUACAACAAUUCUAAAAAUUCAGAGCAAAAAGUCUCAAUGUCAAGGUGUUAUUUAUCACUGAAACAUUUAUUUUAUGUUGUUUCUAUAUAAGGAAUUACAUUUAGACAACAGUCGGACUUGCUGGUUUAAGUGUUCAACCAUAAUAAUAUGUACAUCUAGUACUAUGACUAUAUGGGUAAAGUGGCUUUUUGUGAUGAAAGGAAAUUUUUUUUAAGUUUUUUUUUUUGUGGCCACCUGUGUUGUUGUGGUCAUCUGUGUUGUUGUGGUCAUCUGUGUUGUUGUGGUCAUCUGUGUUGUUGUGGUCAUCUGUUUUGUUGUUGUUGUAGUCAUCUAUGUUGUUGUUGUAGUCAUCUAUGUUAUUAUUGAUGUUGUUGUUGUGGUCAUCUGUGUUGUUGUGGUCAUAAUUGUUGUUGUCAAUCUAUGUUGUUAUUGUGGUCAUCUGUGUUGUUGUGGUCGUCUGUGUUGUUGUUGUGGCCAUCCAUGUUGUUGUGGUCAUCUACGCUGUUUUUGUGGUCAUCUGUGUUGUUGUUGUGGUCGUCUGUGUUGUUGUUGUGGCCAUCCAUGUUGUUGUGGUCAUCUACGCUGUUUUUUUGGUCAUCUGUGUUGUUGUUGUGGUCAUCUGUGUUGUUGUGGUCGUCUGUGUUGUUGUUGUGGCCAUCCAUGUUGUUGUGGUCAUCUACGCUGUUUUUGUGGUCAUCUGUGUUGUUGUUGUUUUGGUCAUCUGCGUUGCUUUUUUUAAAGACUUAGUGGAGGGGUACAGGUACGUGGAAAAACCAAAGACAGAAUGUCAACCCAAGACAGCAUGUCAACCCAAGACAGAAUGUCAACCCAAGACAGAAUGUCAACCCAAGACAGCAUGUCAACCCAAGAGAAGCAUGUCAACCAAAGAGCAUCAUGUCAACCCAAGAGCAGCAUUUCAAACCAAGACACCAUGUCAAUCCAAAAGCAGCCUUUCUAACGCAAGAGCAGCAAUGUCAACCCAAGAACAGCAUGUCAACCCAAGAGCAGCAUGUCAACCCAAGAGCAGCAUGUCAACCCAAGAGCGCAUGUCAACCCAAGAGCAGCAUGUCAACCCAAGAGCAGCAUGUCAACCCAAGAGCUGCAUGUAAUCCCAAGAGCAGCAUAUCAACCCCUAAGGAAACUAAAUUUCUUUUCAUUUUAUUUCCGCCCGCUCACUUUGGCCAUAUUUUUUUCAGAGUCGCCAUUCACGUGAUCAAACAUGCAUGCUGCCACGAGCCCUAUCCCAACAUGCAGUUUGACCUGACUUUCAAAAGAAACCCGGACUACUACGUCCACAUGUACAUCUUGCCGGCCCUCAUGCUGGGAGCGCUGGUCCCCAUCAGCCUGCUGAUGCCACCCGAGUCUAAGGAGAGGGUCACCAUAGGUUUGUUCACAAUCUGGUCUUGGUGCUAGAAAGAUAGUUCAUAGAGGUGUAAAACAAAAAUUCCACAAAAAAGCUGAGGAUAAUUUAUUUCAAUUUUCUUCUUUUAGUUGUGUCCACAGACGGGUCAUCUUGGUGAAAGAAGAAACGAAUUGUCUUCUUGUUUCCCCGCAUAUUUUUAUGAUGAAGUAAUUUGAUUAUAGUUAAAGUCUGGGUUUGUUUUAUAGUGGUGACUUCCUCCUUCCUCAUUAAUUAAUGAAUUUUUUUAAAAUGUCCACAUACGGUAAGUUCUGCUACAGAUGAUUGAUUAGGUCUCAUCUCUUCCACAGGUUGUGCUGUGGUACUUGCUGUGGUUGUUCUUGGCACCAGCCUCAGUGACACUAUCCCCUUGGCUCACACCCAGCUGCCAACUUUAAGUAAGUAUUGAACACCUUACCACGGGGGGGGGGGGGGGGGGGCGCAACUGAGGUUAAUUGGUGGUUUAUAUAUUUAGCAGUUAGAGAAGUGGAGGCAACUCAUGAUUACUUUCAAAUUAUAUCAGACUAGAGUUGUCUGCUCACUCUCUUUGUGGUUACCUAAAGACAAGAAGAGAUAGUAUCUGUUGCAUGCUUAGUACUUACUUACCAUUUUAUUAUUUUCACCUGUUUAUUACUGUCCAUGAUUUAUAAAUGUUCAUGAUUUAUUACUGGCCAUGGUUUAUUAGUGUCAAUGGUUUAUUACUGUCCAUGGUUAAUUCUGUCCAUGGUUUCUUACUGUCCAUGAUUUAUUACUGUCCAUGAUUUAUUACUGUCCAUGGUUAUUACUGUCCAUGGUUUAUUACUGUUCAUGGUUUAUUACAGUCCAAGAUUAUUUUUUUUCUUUAAGAGCAAUUACUCAAUUUCUAACGAGUAUUAAGAAAUAAAAUACCACUUCUUAAGUAAAAGAGAACUUGAUAAUUAAUUAGGACUAUUAAAACUUUCAGACAAUAUUAAAGCUAUGUGACAAUGGGAUUCCCCUAGUUUUUAAGGACAUUUGUUAUCCAAUUAAGUCUCCUAGACGUCACUGACAGACCUCUCAAAAAAAUCCUGUGGCGCCAAUGAUCCCAAAAGGAUUUUUAAUUAUCCUUAGGUAUGUACUACACACUUACUUUACUGUGGGCAGUGCUGUCUCUUAUGGGAUCAGCGUUUGUACUCAAUCUCCACAACAGAGGACCAAGGCGAUGCAAAGUGCCUGAAGUUGUUAGAUGGGUAAUUUAUCAAUUACGUUUUACUUUUUCUCAAAUACAUCAUACACUAAGAGAUUAGCGGGCUGCAUGUGCCCAAAAUGCCCAACUUUUACCUGACUCCCAAUUUUUAAAAAACAAAGAUAUUGAAGAUAGACAUUUUGAUCAAAGGAAAUGUAUCUAAUUUAUAUUAUGUUGUCAUCAUAGACUUUCUUACAUACUUUUUUUUAUUGGUUGAGUUCUUAAAUGAAAUAAUGAUGGCCUCUGCUAAUCAUUCUUAUAAAAUUAGAUGAGGUAAACUGUCAAUAUCAAGAGUUUAUGCUGUAGCAAACAUGUUUGUAAUUGCACUAGAGGUCAGUUUGUAACCGUGUUGCAUUAACCAAUCCAGUCAAUUGUAGAUAAAUUAUUGUCCAUUGAAUUGCCUUUUGAAUAUGUAGGCCUAGAAGAUAGAAAUAUUACUUAUGAAUUGCAGAUCUUUCUGCGUAGCCUGAAGCGCUUGGUUUGUUUGGGGAAUGACAGUUACUACCCAUUAACUGACCUUGAUACAAUCAGCAUGAGAGGCCUGGACAAAACAAUGGCCGCUCAGGACCGACAACCUGCCAAUCCUGAACUAAGGGGAAUUAACUCAUCAAAAGUAGAGAAGGAUAUAGAGGAGAUUACUAGAAAUGUUAGCAUAUUCUGUGCUAAAAUAGCUCUUCAGGUAAGUUCUUUGUUUGGCUAUUUUGUGUAAGAGAACUUUGUGCAUAUUUAAAUGUUAUGUUCAAUUAUUUGCAUUGAAAAAAAAUGAACCUAUUUGUGUUUUUAAAUUUCACAUACAACUUUUAAAAACUUAAAAUUUUCUUCACAUGACCACACUUUUAAUAAACACUUCUCUAUAAAUGAAAAUUGUAUGGCAUGGUUUUCUUUUCACUGCUGAGUUGAGAUUUACCUUACACAUUUUUACCAACAUCAUAAAACAGGAAUCCAUAUCAAUGUGAUAAAAAAAAAAUUCUCUUUCAUACUAUGGUGUGAAACAAAUUUUUGUUGUAAAUUUUCUUCUAAACAAAGAAAUAAUUUGAUGUUAAUCCCUGACCAAAGCAAAGUUUAUACCAAAAAUUAUAUGCACAGCCCCAACCCGAAGUUAAAAGGAAGUUGGUACAAAAAAUGUUUUAUCCCUGACCUGGCUAACUAUGGUUAUUUCAUUGGUAAACUGCAACUCAUCAUUAGACCAAAAAUUUUUUUUAGUAAUAGAUAUAAUUUCUAACUCAUUAAAUUAAUAACCCUUCAGCUGCCCUUAAAUAUAGGUAGGGAGAAUACUGCUUCUAGGUCCAGGGGUAAAAUAUAAAUUUAACUUUAUAUUAGUAUGUCAAACACCAAUCACUCAACGAUAAUGCUUUCAAUCACAUUUUAAUCUUCCUCAGGAGUCUCGUCAAGAUGUGCUGAAUGAGUGGCGUCAGGUGGCUUUAGUGGUUGACAGAGUACUGUUUUUCUUGUUUCUGCUGGUGUUCCUGAUGUGCAGUGUGAUACUCCUGGCGUAAAACAAUUCUUCAGUUUACACCAGUAUGACGUAAAAUCUUUAGGUCAUGCACACACAAGUACAUCAAGCUAAAUAUGGACAUUAGAGGAAAGACUAUGUUCUUUUUAAAGGAACAUUUCACAGGAUUUGGGGGGAAUUAUUUAUGUGGCUACUGUAUCAGCACAAUUGGUUAAAAGCAUCCUGUUGUAAACCAAUGUACUAAUUAGCCAUGGACUCAUGUUAGGGCAGAAGUUUUGGGGUGUAAUAAAAUACCAAAACUCAAAAGGGUUCAAAGGCAAGAAAAUUAACCCUUGGCUUCAAAUAAAUUCCCUUGGUCCUCUCUCAUUCAUGAGAUUUAGUAUUAUGGCACUUGAAGAAGAGGGGACUUACUGGUGUCUCUCCACUGUUAAACUAUCGUGAUUUUGUAAGAUAAAGCUUGUUUAUUUGCUUCAAUGUAAAUUGUGUAUAUAUGUUUGUUUUAUCAAUUGGAAAUGGUAUUUGAUGUUGUGGACUGUUCUUUGUUCACAUAUUAUAUAUAUAUAUAUAUAUUUAAUUCGUAAUGAAAUCAUAUAUCGUGAAUAUUUUUCUACCAAAAAAAAUGUAAUAUCAUUAUUCAGUGGUGACCACUAAAAAUUAUGUUUAAAAAAAUAAUUAAAGUAAGAUAAACAGUUGUAUUGGCCUAAUGUAUUGGAAAAAAUGGCAGUUUUCCUUUUACUAUAAAAUCAUCUGUAAUCAAAUGGGUCUUUCAUUUCACAGGCCAACACAAGAUUUACAAGUAUCUUACAAACUGUAAAACUAACAAACUAAAUUUGGUAUUUUUUAUUUUGUAAAUAUUAAUAAUUUACAGUUUCUAGAGCUACUGUCGACAACAAAAGAGCCCUGUACAUUUUGUUUAAAUUUUAUAAUUUAUUAUAUUUUUAACUUUUACAUGGUGAAGAGUUCAAGCUUGAAUGUGACACGUUCAUGAUCUUUUACAUUAUUGUUGAUAAAUAAGUAUAGGGUUUUAAGAUUCUAUAAGAGUUAAGUUGGCAAGGUAAAAUUUAAAAAAACUAGACUAUGCCAGCAUUUAUAAAAUAAGUUUAAAUAGAACAUGCCUAAAGGUAGGCCUUUUGAAAGAAGAAAUAUUCUAAAUAUUUUAACUCAUUUUCCCUCAUGGCAAUUACACUCAAUUACACUCAAGUUAUUUCUUAAUUUAAUUAUUUUUAAAGCUACUUGUGAGUUAAAUAAGUUGAAUUAAAACACAAAAGUUAAACAUAAAAUGGGACCCAUUAAGAGUCUAUUAACCCUACAUAAUAUCUGAGUUGCCCUUUUAAAAAAAAAAAAUUAAAUCUAUGUUUACAUUACAAUCCUUCUAUUGCCUAAAGAUUGUAAAUUUAUAAUAUUCUCCAAUGUAUCUAGUUUAUAGGCCUAUUGUUCUACUGUUAACUUGGUGGUAACUUCACAUCAUCUUGUUUGCUUGCUGUACCACAGAAGAUUUUGCCAAGCUGGCAUUGCUCAUCUCAUAUUGUUAUAGAUUUUACCAUUUUUUUAACAUAGGUUUAGUGGGGGGAGGGGGGGAGGGGGUUGUUAAUCUGAACAGAUUUCCAUUUUGGUUUAGCUUUGAUCCAUUAUUCUGUUUUUACCUGUUAGAAGUUGUCUAAUAUUAAUGAAACUGUAAACAAAAUAAUGACACAUUCCAUUGUCAAUAGCUCAUUUUCCAUGACUUUCUCGAAUAAUCAAUACAGAAUUUACCCUAAAAAGUAAGUAUUUUGUUUCAUGAUUUUGCAUUUUUUGCUUUUUUUUUUCCAGUUGUGGCACUUGCAGAUUGAGAAAAAAAAUGUACAAGUUAAAAUAAAUUGUUUUUAUGCAUUAUAAUCUAUGGCUCUUUUACUUGCCACAAAAACUAUAAUGGAGGCAGGUCAUGCACUGACUCCUUUAAAUAUAUACAAGUUGAAUCUCACUAAGCCUGAUAGUUAAAUGUAAUAUUUUUUAUGUUCAUAGAAUUAGAAUUUAUUUUGAUAAAUUUGGCUUGGCUGAUCAUCAUCAGACUAAAUUAUUAUGAGCUAGUUUUAUUGACACUUAACCUUAAUGACAGUUAGCUACCCUUAAUGACAGUUACCCUUUAGCUAUAAUUCACAAUUUGGAAUAUUAUCAAAUCUAAUUAGGCUUCAUUGUAGGUGCUUGAAUACCUUACUUUGUAAUUUCUUUCAAACAGUUCAACACAUAUUUCAAGAUGCUUUAAUAAAGUAUUCACAAGCUUUGAGUCAGUCUUGUGUAAAAUCUUGAAAUUCCUCAUCUAUUAAGUCCUGUUGUCACAUUUGAUAUAUCUUUUAUAGUCAUUUGAAAUCAUCUCUCACUAUGAUAUUGUAACUUUUCUUUUUUUUUUUUUUAAACAUUUUCAACUGGUCAUGAAGCACUC